CCCGCACUUGGCCAAUCCACUCCAUUCCACCGCAGCAUCGUAAUGCCUUUGCCCGACUUUUUUGCCGUGGGCCUGCUGCCUACCGAGCUUACUCCUACCACCACUGCUAAUCAUCUCUUAGCCAUUUCCAAUCAACCUAUUUGAACACUGCCUUUCCUCGCUUCCGUGAGUUGCUAGUGAUUUGUGACACCACAGGACCUCUUUAUCUCACUACAGACAUUUCUCUCCCCUUCACUGUCCGCCGGACCACCCUCCGCAAAUGGAGAACUACGACGUGGUCAUCGUCGGCGCCGGCCCUGUGGGCUUGAUGCUCUCCUCCCACCUCCAACGCUGGGGUUACAAGAUCAAGCACAUCGACAAUAGGCCGGAGCCCACUCCAACCGGUCGCGCCGACGGCAUCCAGCCGCGAUCUUUGGACCUCUUGCGCAACAUGGGUUUAAAGCGGAAGAUAAUGGCUCACGAUCCCGCCAAAGUUUACGAGGUCGCAUUCUGGGAUCCCGAUGCCAAAGGCAUCCAUCGCACAGGGACCUGGGCAAGCUGUCCUAAAUUUAUCGAUGCACGGUAUCCCUUCACCACGUUGCUGCACCAAGGCCUGAUUGAGAGAGUCUUCAUCGAGGACAUUGAGAAGCACGGCGGAAAGGUCCAGCGGCCCUGGACAAUCACCGGCUUCGAGAAUGACGGCAAGGACGAGACGUACCCCGUCAAGGUCAGCAUAGCGCACAUCAACGGCGUGGCGGAGGAGAAUAUGCGGACAAAGUAUCUGUUCAGCGGGGAGGGCGCGAGAAGCUUUGUCAGGAACAAACUCGGUAUCCAAAUAAGACACAAGGACCCGAUCGCCUAUGUUUGGGGCGUCAUGGAUGGUGUCGUCCGCACUGAUUUCCCGGACAUUAAGAUGAAAUGCACCAUCCACUCUGAUGCCGGUUCCAUCAUGGUCAUCCCUCGCGAGGCCAACAUGGUGCGUCUGUACAUCCAGAUCGCCUCCUCGACGGACCCAGAUUGGAAUCCGCGCAAGACGGCUACGGAGAACCAGGUACAAGAUGCGGCAAAAAGGAUAUUGAAGCCAUACUCCAUCGAAUGGGAUCGCGUGGAAUGGUACUCUGUCUACCCGAUUGGCCAAGGCCUUGCGGACCGCUACACCCUCGACGAACGCGUAUUCAUGGGCGGUGAUUGCUGUCACACGCACAGCCCCAAAGCCGGCCAAGGCAUGAACACGGCUUUUCUCGACGCGGCCAACCUCGCCUGGAAGAUCCACCACGUCGAGUCCGGCUGGGCGCAGCGCUCGAUCCUCAAGACGUACGAGUCCGAGCGGCGGCACAUCGCCGACAACCUGCUCAACUUCGACGCCAAAUACGCGAAGCUGUUCUCCUCGCGACAGCCGUCGGCAGGCGAAGUCGGCGCGGCAAACACGCACGACGCGCAUCCCGACGAGUCCGACUUCGUCAAGACGUUCAAAGAAAGCUGCGAAUUCACCUCAGGCUACGGCAUCGCCUACAAGCCCAACGUCCUCAACUGGUCCCCAGGCGACGACGCCGACCAAAAUAUCCAGCGCCACCCGGCCACAUCGCCGCUCUUCCUCCCCUACCAGCGCGGCACGCACCUCCGCACCGGCCGCAUCCUCACCCCCGCAACCGUCACGCGCGUUGUCGACGCCAACAUCGUGCACCUCGAGCAAGAAAUCCCGCUCAACGGCUCCUUCCGCAUCUACAUCUUCGGCGGGCUUCCGCACCUCACCCAGCGCGCAAUCGCGAACCUGGCCACCGCGCUCGCAAAACCCACCUCCUUCCUGCGCGCCUACGCCCGCGCCGAUGAACCCGCCGUCAGCCCCCACGAGCGCUUCAACCCGCACUCGCGCUUCGCGACCUUCGCGACCGUGCUCGCGGCCCCGCGCGCCGGCAUCGAGAUCCGCAAGCUGCUGCCCCCGCUGCUGGCAAGAUACAAGGACCUUGUGUUCGCGGACGACGUGCCCGAUAUGCGCGUGCCUGAGGCGAAGGCCCCGGCGCACGCGAAGAUGGGCUUGAGUCAGGAGCGCGGUGGCGUUGUUGUCGUGCGGCCGGAUGGCUAUGUCGGGUGCGUGGUUAGGCUCGUGGAGGGCAGUGGGACGGCGGAUGCGCUGAAUGAGUAUUUUGCGGCGUUUGUGACGAAGAGGGUGGGUGCGGAGCGGGCGGCGCUGUAAGUGUGUGUGUGUGUGUGUGUGUGUGUGUCUCGGCGUAUGGGUGGAUGGGUGGGACCGUUUGCGUGUGCUUGCUUCUUCUUUGCGUGCGAGGGACGGCGUUACUCUUGGCUUGAUACCUCUGCCGGUCUGGGCUGCGUGCUGGGCAGCGUGCUGUUGUCUGUUAGAAAGUCCUAGGGAGCGAGCGAGUGC